GCGACGACCACUUAGCAGCAGCAGCAGCGACCACCACUCCCUAGGAUAAUACCUGCAGGAAUUCAUUUAUGUGGGAGGGUGUUUUAAAUGGGUUGUGUUUUUUCCCCUUCUUUCUCGUGCCGUUACGUGGACCUUUCCUUAUUUUUGCUAGCCUUCCCCUAUAGAUGGAACAUUAGCAGCCAGUGUGGCAGAUGUUGCGGCAAGACAGGUGUGUGUAUUUAUGAUGAGUAGCACUGGCCCCUUCCAAGAGCUUUCCUGGGUCCGUGACCCUUUUAAGCGCGCAGCAUCUGAGACACUAUGUUUGUGAGAAAGAAGGUGUGUGAAGAGUCUUUAUCCUCCAAGAUGGAGAUGAUGAGUGUGGGAGUCAGUACAGAGCCCUGCCAUGCCAGGUGGGAGCUAGAGACAGAUGCAACUGUUCUACAGCGGCGGCAAAAGCAGAUAGAUUAUGGCAAGCGCACACCUGGUUACCAGUGCUUUCUGCAGCAGGUCCCCAAGGCACAGCGACAGCCAGGACUUCACCCUCAAACACCAAACAAGAACAGGAGGUACAGCCGUCGCUCCUGGGAUGCCCAGAUCAGGAAGUGGAGAAGAGCCCUACAUUCCUGGGACCCUCCCAGCCAGCCUCUGCAGGCUGAGGGGUGUGGAAUGGACAAUCCCUUAGAGCCAAUGGAUUCCACCCCUUUGGAUGACUGGCUCCAGGUCCUGGAACCCUCAGAGAAUCAGGAUGAAGACUAGGAGGGAGCCCAGUUUGCAGAUUUGGUCACUCCUGCCUUCCCUGUCUUUCUGAGGAAGAUCCCCACCAUUGCCUCUACCUUUGAGCUGGUCACAAUUACUUAUCUGUCCCAGACUUCAGUGGUGCAUAAAAUAUUUAGGGAAAACGUGUCUUUCAGGGGACUUCUUGCUGAAUGUAAUAGUGAAGAUUACUUGCAGUACUUCUACUUUUCAACUGAUUAAAAAUCUAAAACUCUGUCCCACAAAGAGAUCAUAACCCGAAGGCAUUGUUUAAAACCUCUCCUUUUCCCAUGUUUUACCCUCUGUCUAAACCUUCUUUGAUAGCUGAUACUCAAAUUUACUUAAGAGCCAGAAACCACCUAGCUGUUCCACAACCUCUUCACCUACCAACUGCUACAUUCAGUCUCUUCAAAAAGGACUUAAACUUUGGCUGAGUAGAAGGUAGUGGUAGCGAUGGAGAUUUAAUAAAAGGUGGUUUCUUCUUCCUGAA